UGGCACCUGGGAUUCCCCUGGGGCGCCGGGAGCCCUCGGGAUGUCGUAGAUCCUGGCUGGGAUUGGUCUUGCCUUUUUCUUCCUGUUUGUUGGGAGGACGAGUCUCUCCUUGCCCCAGCUGAGCAGGGUUCCUUCCCUCUCCUGGAGACCUGCUGGCCUCUGAUCUGCGCUGGCAAGCUCUGAAGAGAUCACUUCCCAGCUAAAGAUGGCUGCCGAUACCCCUGUUGAUAUACUUCAAAAAGUUCUGGAGAAUGAAAUACUUCAGUCUACCAAGGUUGUGGAAGAACAUCUGGAUGCUGAAAUACAGAAGCUGGACCAAAUGGAUGAAGAUGAACUGGAACGCCUUAAACAGAGGAGGCUUGAGGCACUAAAAAAGACCCAGCAACAGAAACAAGAAUGGCUUUCAAAAGGACACGGAGAAUACAGAGAAAUCCCCAGUGAGAGAGACUUUUUCCAAGAAGUCAAAGAAAGUAAAAAUGUUGUUUGCCAUUUCUAUAGAGAUACAACAUUCAGGUGCCAAAUAAUGGACAAGCAUUUGACUGUAUUGGCAAAAAAGCACAUUGAGACAAAAUUCUUGAAAUUAAAUGCUGAAAAAUCUCCUUUCUUGUGCGAGAGACUGCGCAUCAAAGUAAUUCCCACUCUAGCACUAAUAAAAGAUGGAAAAACGCAAGACUACAUUGUGGGCUUUACUGAUCUUGGUAACACUGAUGACUUCACUACAGAAACCUUAGAAUGGAGAUUAGGCUGUGCAGACAUAAUUAAUUACAGUGGAAACUUGAUGGACCCACCUUUUCAAAGUCAAAAGAAAUACGGAACAAGCUUUACAAAGCUGGAUAAGAAGACCAUCAGAGGAAAGAUAUAUGAUUCAGAUUCUGAUGAUGACUAGAAGAGCCACUAAAUAUAUUUGUAAAUCAUCUUUUGUUUAUGCGUGGUACAUUUCUAAGAAUGUUUUUUAUAAAGCUUACUGCUUUUCAUUACAUCUGCACAUAAUUCUCAUUUUUCUAUACAGUUUUAUACAACUGAGUCAUAGUGGAAAAAAGCUUAAAUAUUUUUUUUUCCUCUUUUGGAAGUCUUUGUAAUUCAAAAAUCUUAGUCCUUCUGACUAAAUGACAUGGCAAAUGAUGAAUUUUGUUUUUAGUAAGUGUAAGCUUAUGAAAUGUUUUGAAGAACUUAGAAACAGCUGUAUGAAGUCAGACCAAAGUUCCCUCUGGCCCAGCAUCCAGUUUCAGUGGCUGAAAGCAGAUGUACAAGGAAAAGUGAAAACAGGGUGAGCAGAUAGCAAUGCUUCCCUACAAUCUGUGAAGCAAUCUGUGGCUGGGGGAACUCUGUAUCUGAGAGCAUUUGCUGGUUAAAAUAGUGGAAGAAAAAUCUCUUUAAAACCUCAUCCAGGUAUCCACAUCAUGUGGCAAGGAGGCCACAGUUUAACCUUGUUCAGUAAGGAAUGAAUUUUGUUGGUUUUGUGAAAUCUGACAGUUACAGGAGUUUUUUUCUGUUUUUUCUUUAUUAAAAGAGGUAACAGACACUUUAAAAAAUUAUUUUUCUUGAUCAGUUCCUCUUCCAGUUGUCUUUUUAAGUUUAUUCUUAUAUUAUCAGUAAAGCCCCACAAAAUGAUUAGUAAAGAAAUUGUGCAUUUUAACAAAUGAUUCCUUAUGGUGCCAUAUCAUGACAUUAAAUAAAUUAACUGCAUUGUGCUAUAAAUUUUAAAAGCAGUCAUAACUUCUGUGAAUUCUGAAACAGAUGGCCAAGAGAAAUGCCUUUGUACCAUCUAUGUCAUGACACUGCAUGUCAGAGCUGAUACAGCAGGUAAUAGCACAUAGCAACAAGCAUAUUGAAAACUGCCUUGUUGAUGGGUUUGUAUAAUUCUGUGGUUGUGAAUGUUUGGAUUUUAUAGGAGAUGCUUUGUACAAGAGAGUAGAAUAGAGAAAAGUAUUUGGGAGAAACCUUGAUUGUUAAGUUCAGAUAUAACACCGCAUACUGUGUACUGUUCUUCAAUAAUGGACAGAAUUUUCAAGGGAGAUCUUCCUUGGACACAGUGUAAAAUUUCUGGCUAGAUGAAGAGUUGAUGAGUUUUCUUUUUGUUUUUAAAAAAAUAAUUUGCUUUGUGCUGAAGGACCCUUUUUGAGGUGGUAUUUGAAUCCAUUUGGCCCAAAAAGCAGUGAAGUGGGUCUAGUCAGUCUUGCUGCCUUGUAGUGGAGAACACUUGUGAUUGGGCCAGCCCAGCAAUAUAUCUCUUUAAGUUUAAAAAAUUAUAUUUUAUUUCUGUUCAUGUACAUUGCAAUAAAAUUAUUUUAAUUCUAA